AUAGCACUGAAUGGUGUCGUUGUUUUAUAAUGAAUUGCAUUUACUGAUACGGAUGCAAGCGAUGAAUGUCAGCUUCCACUGUCUGUAAAAUGAUAUUGUAAAUUAAGCACUGCUGUAACACACUACAUAGAUUCGGUGACACGCGUUUGGAGUAGAGGUCUGAUUGGAUGUCUUGAAGUUUGACGCAGAGUGAUAGGUAAGGUGCUGUUGUGGUAGGUACUCUUAUUCCACACCUGCACCGUGCCAUCACAGGUGUGGUGUCGUCGACAGGUGGCAGCAGAGAGGGGUUUCGAUUCUUAAGCAAGGCGGAAGGCUGUGUGUCUGUACCAGUAACCACAGUGGGAGCAGGUUCUUCCGGGGUUAGCAUUGUGCAGUCUCUUGGGUCCAGCUAAUUAUCGUAACUUGUAACUAAAAUAAUUGAUUGUGCAUCUUGCAAAUCAUGAAGUGCGUGAAGCUGUUGCUGGUGGUCACUGUCCUGCUGACCGGCUUGCUUUGUGCGGAGGCGGCGAGGAGCCAUCGCAGCUCCAGCUCACAGAACAGUUUUCGGAGGGCGGCGAACGGGAUGUACCAAACCCUAAGCAACAUCUUCGGAGAGGACAAUAUCCGAGGACUGCAUAAGUUCUUCUCGAAGACCACGGAGCGGUUUGUGCACGGUGUGGACGUGCUGCUGGACACCAUCUGGAGAAUCUGGACUGACCUCCUGGACGUCUUGGGGAUCGACUCGUCCAACCUGAGUCACUACUUCAGCCCCGCCUCGGUGGCCAGCUCUCCAGCCAGGGCUCUCCUCCUGGUGGCUGCGGUCCUGCUCGCCUACUGGUUCCUCUCCCUCUUCCUGGGCUGCUUCUUCUACCUCCUCCACGUGGCCUUCGGACGAUUCUUCUGGCUGGUGCGCGUGGCGCUCUUCGCCCUGUCCUGCCUCUACAUCCUGCAGAAGUUCGAGGGGGACCCCGAGCGGGCCGUGCUGCCGCUCUGCUUCGUCAUGGCCAUCUACUUCAUGACCGGCCCCAUGGGCUCCUACUGGAGGAAGGGGGGCAGCACCCUGGAGGACAAGAUCGACCACCUGGACAGCCAGAUCCGCCUGCUCAACAUCCGGCUGAGCCGGGUCAUCGAGAGCCUGGACCACUCCAGCGAGCAGUAAUGAGGGAGCGGGGCGGGGGUCUCUGCUCCCUCCGACACCAGCAAGACAAGUGAGGUGGACCCCCGGCCACAAGCAAAGCCACGCAGUAUUAGUAGUAGUAUUAUUAUAAUGAUCAUUAAUAGUUGUUGUUACAAAGACCACAUGUGCAUGAUUCGUAAAGGCUGUACAAUUUAAGUCACUGGAGUUGCUAGGUACAGUAAUGUGAAAAAACAACCUCUUUCUUAGAGUAGUAUUUCUGUAUUGCUUGCACACUUUUCUAGAUGUCGGCACAUUGAAUUUUCUAUAGACUACACGCACACUCAAACACUCGCGCACACGAAAACCUGAGCAAUCCUUGAGUAAGUGUCCACCAGUCGUUCCAGUAAAAUAGUAUCUCUGCUGGGUUUAGAGACAGAUCCUGUCCAUAGAAAUAUCCGCUUCACUUGUUUCUGAAACCAGAACUGGAAGAUUGAUUGCACAUGUUUGUGUUUGGUAUUAAAAGGCACAAUGUUUUGUAAUAGAGGGAUGGAAGAAAAAGCUCCCCUUGUAUUGAAAUUUGAGCUGUUCCAGGUUUUACGACGAGCUUAUUUAAACUAUUAGCUCUUGGAUUACAUGGAAAGGCACAGAUGGCUAUGCAAGUGGGAGUCUUAUUUUCUACACCAGUAUUGCAAACCUCUUAAAUGCUGUUCUCGCUUCGUUGUGUAGGUCCUUGUCUAUUUAGCUACCGAGUCUGAAACUGGCACACUAGUAUCUAGAGCCUUCACACCAGCAUCUGCCUGCCAUGUGUUAGGUGUAUUGAAGCAUUUCUGUCAAAUCAAACAAUAGAGUCCUAAAUAGUAUCUUUUUAUUUUUGGAAUGUCAUGUCAUGUGGUCUUUUUAAGCAGAGUUUGUACUUGUUUUAAAUGUAAAAUGUAAAAAGAAAAAAAAAAUUGAGGGGGAUGCUGUCCCCACAACACAUUUAUAAUUGGGGGGGUUCUUUAUGAUGUCAUUGGAGAGCAGCUCCCCCCCUGGAUGAGGUCAAAAAGGUACUUUGUGAAGCCAGAUGCAAUGUAGCUGAAAAUAACCUUGCCUCCUGUUCACAAAGCAUUGGUUUUACAGUGUAGGCCUGCUCUCAAGCAGACAUCAAUUGAAGGAGCAGGUGACUCACACACCGCAUAAUCAAACCCAUAACAUCUCCCAGUGACUAAACCGGAAUCCAAUUAUUUUAAGCUUGAAACGUACACUGGAUUUCUAACGCUGUAGUCUGAAAUAUUAUUUAUUGUGACCAAUGUGGAAUUACUGAGAAACGCCAGUCUGAUUGGACUGUGGCUGUCCCAGCAUAGCAAUAUCUCUCGAAUCAGGAAGAGAUAUCUCUUUGGGAAGGGAUCUUGCAGCCAUGUUGGAAGACAGUAGUUGAUCUCAGGGAGAAAAAAACAAACAAAUACAAAUCACAGUGUAUCUUAUUAUCACUUAACCCUAGAUAGGUGGCACUCUAUUGGGGGGGGUAAAACAAUAGAUAUUUAGGGUUCCGUCCAUGUUAGAAUAGGACAUUGCCUUCCAACAUGAUGCCCGAGUCCCUUAGAGGAGUUGAUGUGUGUCUCAGAAUUGGGGUGCUUGUUCUGUGGUGGUUUAACGUGAGAGAUGAGUGGUCUGUAAUUUGAUGUUGUGUAUGUGUUUGACAGCAUGCAUCUACUGUAUUCUGUUAUUUGGGCAGCUAUGUUUUGUUCCUUUAGCUGGUCAGUGUUUAAUUUGUGCAGAUGAAGACCCCUUAUAAAAGUUUAUCACAGUAAAAGCGUAAUAAAGCACUGUGCAUGGAAAAGCAUAGGUAGGCAUUGUGAAGACCAGCAAGGUAUGGUAAAGAAUAUCAACAAAUGUGGCAAACCAGGGUAAGCUGUGGUAAAUGCAUAGUCUAGUCAUGGGAAAAGCAUGGAGGAAGAACUGCAGAAAUACUGUGGUAAACUUUUACAAGGCAUGUUUUAUAAGGGGCAUCUUGAUGUAUAGCUGACAUUGCAUUGAGAUGUGAGUCUGUUUUACAUUUGACUACGAACCUUCUCAUGCACACCGGAGCUAAAGGAGCACAGUCACAAGCCUGACUUUCACCCCUCAGGGGUGUAGGAGUUGGGUCACGUGCAAAGAGUCAAAUUCAUCAACGUGAAUGGAAUUACGAGCCGCAUUGGAAAAGUGCACUUGCAAGGGAACAGCAGGUAAGAUCCACUGCUUUUAGAACUGACACAGCAAUCAAUUCCCCUGGCACGUCAUUAAACCUGUGAAAUGCAUGUUCCGAACUCUGAAGUACCGUCGCGGUUACAAUGGUGGUGAUGAUGGCUGUGUCUGAAGUUUGAACAGGCACAAAGAUUUGUUUGCGUCCUGCAUUUACAACCCCUUGGGUAUUUAUUUGCAUGCCUGUAAAUGUACGUGUGUGCAUUCUCAGAGCAGCGGCAUCCUCCUGUUUAAUUGCUGCCUUUAACAAAGCAAUCGUUUGCAUCUUUUGUAAUCGUCUUGAAGACGUAAUUAGCUUAGUUUUUAGUUUGGGGGGGGGGGGGGGGAGCUGUUUUUAGUACUCUGUAUCAUUUGUAUUGUUUUUUAAAGAAAGAAUUCUGAUCACUUUAUGCAGUACUCAGAUUUGACUUGAUAAUUGUACUCAGUACACUGGUAAGAUGUGUGUUUUAAAGCGCUGAAACGUGACUACAGUAACUGAAGCUAUUGAGCGCACUGGUAAGAACCUUGUCCUGGUCCACUCAAGAUGCAAUCUGUCAUAUUUAAACUUCUAUUGUUAGUUUCACAGCCCCCUGUUAUCUCUAGUCUUGGACUACCUUACCUAAGGUAAUGUUAAUGCCAAUCAGGACAUGUGAAACCAGCCACUACUGUAAUCUGCCUAAAGGCUGUAAUUCACAAGCAUUCUUUGCAUGGUCGUGCCGUAUAUGUUGUUGUUUUACAUAACGUUUCAUGUUUUAGACACACAUUCCAUACAUCACAGGAUAUUGGGGAUGUUUAUUAGAUAAUUUAGUAACAAACUAAAAGUAAAUAAAUACGCUAAUCAAGUUUAUAGUUGUGGUAAGAACUGGAAUCACCAGCUAAUGCACUUGUAGCAAACCAGAGCUUUAGAACCCAGAUUCAGUUUGUUUAAAGGGAUUACAGAGCAUGGAUUCCGGAGCAGACGGCUUUAGGAUCUUGUGUUCCUCAUGUUGUUUGGGUGUUUCUGGUAUUAGUGCAUUGUUUAUUUCCUUCAUACCUGUCAGAACCGUCCAGGGCGGCUUGGCAGAGAGGAUGUUGGGACAUUAAAAGCUGUCGGUGCCACUUCAUGACAACCCAAGGCGUGUCGCUCAAAGCAACAAAUUCAACACUGUCCCCGUGACACUGGAAACCGUGCCUGUCCGUCCCAGGCCUUUUCAACAGACAGCAUUGGCCUUAAAUACGUGCUAGGGUUUGAAUUCACAAGUGUGCAUUUAUUAAUAUGUAAAAGAUUUACCAUUAAGUAUUUCUUCAUCAACUUCAGCUUCAUGGCUAAGUUGCAUCACAUGCAUACACCACAAACAGUAUUGCAGUGUAGGUGUGAUGACCCCACCAAUACAUUUGAUAACGGCUUCCCUUCCAUGCAGCAGCUACUAGUUUAAGCACAGAUGCACAAUGAACGAUUUGACACUUUGUGGAUGAUGCCAGUAAGAAGCAUGCAGAUGAUCCCCUCCCUUCUUCUUUAACAAUACUGUUGUAAUGACAGCACAGUCAGUAAACUGUCAGGUAGAUUAGAGAUAGAUAUGUGUGGGGCUGCCAAUAAGGAUUGCUUUACACUCAAUCACCCUGUCUAGUGAAUUGUUUUAUUAUGAGCAGUAUUUUUGAGUAGCGUGUAUAGUGUAUGGAUUAUUAUUUUGUUUUUUUUAGUGCAAGUUGCCUAAAAGCUACAUGUUCUUUAUAAACAAAUGAUACCGAAGUUGCACAGCUACCAACACAAGUUAGGGUAGUGUUUUAGAAGACAUUUCUCAGCACAAUUCAGGAUGAGAGCGUGUGUAUUUAAUGUCAUGUUUCUAUAAUAAUAAUAAUAAUAAUAAUGCCAGUGUACUUGUUUUCGUAGCUCUGAAUCAUGUACUUGCUGGUGGAGGACAUUUCAUUUCAAUCUGGCCGAAGUCUUUGCUUUCUGUUUCCUCACAGAAGCUCUGAAAUGUGGUGUCUGAACAGUUCUGAAAAACAUCAGUCGAUUUUAACUUCUGUGAUUUCUUUUUUUAUGGUAAUUUGAUGAUAUAUAUAUGUGUGUGUAUACUUUUCUGUAACUUGAGUGAUUUUGUUUGUAGAUGUGCAGGUGCAGUUCUUUGGAGUGGAUUUUGUUUUAGUUUGGACGUGCUCAGUUACUUCAAGACGUUGUUGUACAAUAAAGCUGAAAGGUCCAAGUACAAAAUAAAAAUAUUUUAACGUCAUAA